AUGAGCUCUACAUUUAUUAUAUCCGCUUCUUAUGACAAAGAAAUACGCUUUUGGGACGGAUCAACGGGCCGAACAGUCCGCAGUUUUCCCUUUCAGGGAUCACAGGUCAAUGCGAUGUUGACGAUUCCAAACACCACACACCUCGCCGUUGGAGGAUUUGGUGCCGUUCGCGUGUAUGAUAUUGGAGUUGAAGCUGGAUCAGCUGGGGGCAAUAGUGGAACACAACCACCCCCGGUUUUCUCCGUUUAUGAAAAUCAAUACGCAAUGAACGUAACGAGCCUGGGGACGUUCCCACUCUACCCGCAGCGUGACGAGGAAAUGCACUUAAACUCUGCGGAAGCUUCCAUGAGUAGCUUGUUUUGCACUUCUGCAGACCUUGCUGCAACCGCCACAUUAGACCCCACACCGACCACGGGCUCUGCUGGAGUGUUGACUGUUCUUUUCGCCACUUCGGAGGACGGGCACAUUCGGUUUUUUAACGCAAACUCACCCACAACACUAAACCUUCUGCUCGAUAUUAGCGCGGGUGCGGCCAUCACGUGCAGUGCCGUCUCCCCGGAUCGUCACACCUUGUUCACCGGUUCCCAGAUCGGUCGCGUCUCGGUGUGGCACAUACCAAGUAUCAUUGCGGCAGCUGCGCAACACGGAGACAGCACUAGCAGAGGUGGUCUCUUUGCUAGUAAGCCAAUGCAAGAGAUUGCCUUCAAUGGGGAUUACACAGCCAUUAGAAGUAUAGCCGUGGAACCGCUGGCGCGUUGGGCUGUGGCAGCAACAAGUGCUGGGAAGCUUCAUUUUAUGUGUUUUGGAAGGUGCGCGCAGAACCUUACCGGCACACAUGCCUCCGAGGCACACGCAGCUGGAAGGUUGGCGAAUGAAGAGGUGCCUGGAGAAGAGGAAGAAACAAGCCCGCAAGUGCAGCGACCGGUAGCGGAGGGGACGGUCGCCGACAGCGCUCCCGCAAUCGCCACGAAUGACUCUAGUUCACGUUCCAUUAAUUCCGCAAACACCCUGCGCCCUAGUUGCGGGCCCUUGUCUGUGCUUAAAACACAUGGAAACGAAGGAAGUGGGGGUGACGUGGCUGCUAACGCUAGUGAGUCACCCCUUGCUAACGAUGGUGUGACAUUUUCUGAUGCAGUCGACGCCUCAGACACGGGAAAUUCAACCCCGGGAAUGGACGUGACCAAGAAGUUCAGCGCACCGGGCCUCUUGACCUCAUCAUCGGUCAAUUCCUCAUCCAUUCAGCAACAAUUUUUUUUGAAGGUUUUUCACUCGUUUCAGGCGCACCACAAAUAUAUCCUUAAGGUGGCCAUCUCACCCAAUAUAGAUAUCUUGGUGACAUGUUGUGGGGACUACACCGUUGGGAGAUUCGUAAUCCCUCCAAUACUUCAGUGCUGUGACGUGACGACCAAGCACGCUUCUGGGUGUGAAAGUGACUCCCACAGCGCAGGAGUAUCCUCGCUGACAAGUGCGGUGAGAUUGUCUGGCCUCACCGAGAAAAACACGGCGGCAGGUUCUGAUCCCACAAACCAGGUGGCUGCAGCGGGGGAUAACAAUGGGGCCGGAGCUGGUGGUGCAACCGCAGCAAGUUCGUCCUCACUUCUUCAACCUAAGGCAGAUGAGGGUGCCGUCCUCACUCCUACAGCGGCACCGUCAACGUCGUUUACACAUGAUGGAUCAACUGGAAGCGUAGAAGAUGGUGUAAAGCCGGUGGCUGCGGUAGCUAAUGACCCUACCGUGAAUGAAUCUCAACCCUUGGCAACGAUGGAAACGGUGAAAAAAAUGACAAGUCCUGCUGACGCCCCAACAGAGAGGCAUGAUGCGUUCCACUUGGCCACGUCAAACUUUCCACAGCUGGUUGCAGAGGGAAGUACACAAGUUAACAUUGGCGAUGGGGUUGAGUUCAAGGAACUAAAACCCCUGACAGGACACACGCGGUGGGUCUGGGACUGUGCCUUCAGUGAUUGCGGGAGGUUUCUCUUCACAGCUAGCAGCGACCAAACGUUACGUAUGUGGACCUCUCUCCUCAGUGACAGACCACAUUCCACCAGCUUCGUUGGUCAUAUGAAACCAGUGGUGUGCUGCAUGCUCUAUGUGGAAAGGAAGAAAAACCAAUAG